AUGGGAUCCGACGGGUUUCUGAACUCUCCUGAGUUUGACGUACUCAUCAUUGGAGCAGGUUUGUCAGGAAUAUGCAGCCUUCACCAUAUCCGCGAGCGCUUCCCCUCGUGGCGCGUGAAAGUGCUCGAGGCCGCCACUGACGUCGGUGGAACGUGGUAUUGGAAUCGAUAUCCCGGAGCACGCUUCGACUCAGAAUCCGUAUCCUACGGAUUCUCUUGGGAUAAAGACCUCCUCGAAGAAUGGCACUGGAAAGAAGCUUUUUCUCCGCAGCCUGAGACACUGCGAUAUAUUCAGCAUGUUGCUCAGAAGCAUGAUCUCUACAGGGAUAUCCAAUUCAAUACACGAAUCGCCUCGGCGACGUGGCACGACGAAGAUAACAAGCAUUUCUGGACGUUCACAGACACUACAGGGACUCAGUAUAGGACAACCUUCUUUGUUAGCUGCCUGGGCUUUCUAUCCUCAGCAACGCUGCCCAAAAUACCGGGGAUCGAGAACUUCGCAGGACAAGCAUUCCAUACCUCGAACUGGCCCCAAGGUUUCGAUUUGAGUCAGUUGAAGGAUAAAAAUGUCGGCAUUAUCGGAACCGGAGCUACGGGUAUUCAGGCCAUCACCGAACUCGCCAAAUCACCCCUUAAGUGUUUGACCGUGUUCCAACGAACCGCUAACUGGUCUGCUCCACUCCGAAACACCAAAAUCACAGAUAUUGAGAUGUCCAGAAUUCGGGAAGGAUACGAUUCCGUGUUCCAGCAAUGCAGCAAAACUCCCAUGGGAUUCCUGCAUCAAGCGGAUCCUCGAAAAUCCGCAGAAGUCACAGAAACUGAGCGUAUCGAGCUGUGGAACAAAUUGUACGCACUGCCCGGGUUCGGUAAAUGGCUAGGCGUGUUCCGAGAUACUUACACCGACCGCGAAGCUAAUAGGCUAUACUCAGAGUUCAUGGCGCAAAAGAUCCGUGAGCGAGUCUCUGACCCCAGUACUGCGGACGGCCUAGUUCCUAAAAAUCACGGCUUUGGCCUGCGACGUGUACCCCUCGAGAGCGGAUACUUUGAAGCUUUCAAUCAGCCUAACGUACAUCUCGUCAACCUGCAGAAGACACCGAUCAACUCUAUCUCGCGCACUGGGAUCAAAACGCUCGAUGGGAAAUCCCACGAGCUCGACGUGUUGGUCUUCGCGACGGGUUUCGAUGCCAUCACCGGUGCAUUCCGGGAGAUUCAAUGGUCAGUAAGGGGCAAGAGACCUCUUCUCGGCUCCAGCACCGCCACAACAAAACCGGGCGAAGAUGCCAUAUGGAUCGACCACCAGCCGAAGACAUUCCUAGGCCUGACCGUUCCCUCUUGCCCUAACAUGUUCAUGGUCCUCGGUCCGCACCAGCCCUUCGGCAACGCGACCCGCAGUAUCGAGCAUGCCGUGAACGUCAUCAGUGACCUUCUUCAGCAUUGCAAGGACAACAAGUACACGUACGUCGAACCUACCAAUGCGGCGGUCCAGGAGUGGACGGAGCACGUGGUGGACUGUAGCAAGGGUUUGCUUUCAAAUGAGAUUGACAGCUGGAUGACAGGUGUAAACGAGAACGUCCCUGGUAAAGCGACCAGGAGUGUGGCGAGGUACGCCGGAAGCGCUAUCGAGUAUCGACGACGAUGUGAGGAGUGCCAGCUGGAGGGAUGGAAGGGGUUAAUUUUCCGACGUGAUGACUCCAUGAGCAAUACCACUCGAAUUCCACAUUCGGACAUGGCACAGAGUAGACUGUAA